AUGAGCAUCCCAGGCAUGACACCGGGGAUGGGAGGGAACACCCAGACGGCCGGCAUGAGCGAGCAAGAACAGGCGAUGGUCAAGAUGAUGCAAGCUGGUAUGGAAUCAUGCCCCGUGAAGACUGUCAUCUCCGGUACGAUGGGGUUCGCCCUCGGUGGUGCAUUCGGUCUAUUCAUGGCCAGUAUGUCCUACGACUCUCCUCUCACACCACAAGGCCGCGAAAUCUCUCACCUCCCCUGGCGCGACCAAGUCCGCCGUGGCUUCAAAGACAUGGGCGCGCGCUCCUGGUCGUCCGCGAGGAACUUCGGCAUUGUCGGCGCACUCUACUCCGGAACCGAAUGCUGCAUCGAGGGUCUCCGCGCGAAGAACGACCUGACCAACAGUGUCGCGGCGGGUUGUCUGACCGGCGGCAUCCUAGGCGCUAAGGCUGGUCCGCAGGCGGCUGCUUUUGGCUGCGCUGGCUUUGCUGCGUUUAGUGCUGCUAUCGAUGCUUACAUGAGGAUGCCGUCUGAGGAGUAG